CUUUGUGUGAGAAGAGCAUAGACGACAAUCCUGAAAGAACGUUUGCAACAGCGUGGAGUGAAACAGAACUUAUUUUCAACAUUGCAAAGGAAUUAAAUCUUCGCAAAUAAAGAACAGACAGACGGACGAGCGCCUCCUGCUGCUACAGUCAGCCCCUCCUCCCCCUCCACCCCUCCAACUUCAGUCCAGAGGGAGUGAAGAUAUUCAGGCAACAUGGACGGAUUUUAUGACCAGCAAGUCCCUUUCAUGGCCCCCUCUAGUGUGUUGUAAACAUUGUUCUAGCAGAAUUGUCCCGUGGAAGAACCAGUGAACACGCCAUUUAAUGAUCGGAAGAGAAAGUUUGUUGACACUGAGCUCGCCCAGGACACAGAAGAUCUCUUUCAAGACCUCAUGCAACUUCAAGAGACAUGGAUUGCAGAAGCUCAGGUGCCUGAUGACGAACAGUUUGUCCCGGAUUUCCAGUCGGAUAACCUAAUGUUCCAUGGACCUCCAGCCAAUAAAGUGAAGCGAGAGUCCAGCGCCUGCAGAGAUCUGUCCCCCUGCAGUCAGGAACAACAGAGACUCACGCUCUACACAGACAAGUGCCUUUACAGCUACAGUGCCUACAACAGGAAGCCACUUGGCAUCAAUACUUUAACCCCGCCCUCCACACCCGCCUCACCCUGCAGCCCCGCCCCCACCCCGGGGACACACCCCCUACAGAGGCAGAUCACGUCCCCUGUCCAGGCGACACACCCCGGCCACAGUCGUCCGACUCACGGGCACAGCCCAUCCCACCACCGGACACUCCCGCCACACCCGAGCCAAAGCCAGCCUUUCGCCGUGCCCCGCCUACCUGUCAAUCACUCCGAUGCCUCCUACAGCUCAGAACACAGGUUCCAGCGGCAGCUCUCUGAGCCAUGUCUGCCUUUCCCUCCGCCUGACGGUGCCGCCUGUACCCCUUACCCCCCUCAGCCCCAUCACCCCCACCGGGCCCCCCUGUCCCGGGACGGCCGCCCCAUCUACCAGCGGCACCUGUCAGAGCCCUUGGUCCUCCUCCCUGCUCAGGGCUUCAAGCAGGAGCUGGUGGACCUCCGCUACACCGAGCAGGGGGUCCCUACCAUGGGCCCUCCCCGCACCCCGUUCCAGGGCCUCUCUAUCAAGCAGGAGCCCCGGGAUUUCUGCUUUGACCAAGAAAUGCAGAACUGCCCGUCUUCUUUCAGGAAGUCCUGUAACUUCUACCAAAACAAUGAUGGGUUGGUCUACGACGGAGAGCCUCAUCUGUACAGCGACGACACAUGCGUGGUUCCAGAGAGACUAGAAAGCAAGAUCAAGCAGGAGGCCGGAGUGUUCCGUGACGGACCGCCCUACCAGCGCCGAGGUUCCCUGCAGCUCUGGCAGUUCCUGGUCACACUGCUGGACGACCCGGCCAAUGGUCACUUCAUCUCCUGGACCGGCCGCGGCAUGGAGUUCAAACUCAUCGAGCCCGAAGAGGUGGCUCGGCGCUGGGGCCUCCAGAAGAACCGGCCUGCCAUGAACUACGACAAGCUGAGCCGCUCUCUACGCUAUUACUAUGAGAAGGGCAUCAUGCAGAAGGUAAAGGUGGCUGGAGAGAGGUACGUGUACAAGUUUACGUGUGACCCCGAGGCGCUCUUCUCCAUGGCCUUCCCUGACAACCAGAGGCCCAGCCUGAAGCAGGACCCGGACUGCCUGCCACCGUCUGCGGGGGAGGACGACACCACCGUGCCCCUGGCCCACUACGAGGAUGGCUGUGGCCCCUACCUGGCCGACGGAGGGGAGCGGUGCGUCUCGUUACUGGGCUUCCCCGAUAACUAUUCAUUCUGAAUGUUCUGACUAAUGACGGAAUAAAGACAGCUGUCAUACCCCUACCCUAAACCCAAACUCUCGUCCCCUAACUACACACCACUACCCUACCCUUUGUCCCAUAACUAUACACUCCUACCCUUCUCCUCAUCCCCUAACUACACACCACUACCCUACCCCACAUCCCAUAACUACACACCCAGAGCCCAAACCAUAGUCUCAUAACUACAGACCCAGAGCCCAAACCCUAGUCCCCUAACUACACACCCAGAGCCCAAACCCUAGUCCCCUAACUACACACCCAGAGCCCAAGCUGCUGAGCGGAUUUGGAGCUCUCUAACCCCCCUCCCCUACUCCUAUCCCAAACUCAGCUCCUCUUGCCAGUCUUGAGAUUACCCUCCCCAAGUCCCAAGGAAAAAACUGUCAAACCUGAGACGGCCAUCUUGCUUCUUCUUUGCCCUCUGUUAUCAAACUGAAUUGUGGCGAAAGGUCCACAUCCUCAUCAACAUGAACUGAGUGAUCUCCCUUACGGGGGUUGAGCGAGGACACGGUUCACGUGAUUAUAAUGGGACUCAAGUAAUGGGCGCGAGUGUGCCAGGAUUGUAGCCAAUAGCCAUGCAUUUUCCACAAUCUGCUAGCCAAUAGCCAUGCAGUUUCCACAAUCUGCUAGGUACGAGUAUGACAAAUAAUGGCGAGGAUAUAAAACAUUGCCCUUUUGAUAUAGCAAUCGCUUUAUGGCUUGAUCCCAAACAGAGUAGCACACUUGACACGCUCACAGGGGCUUCACCUUGGAGAGAAACUACGACUCCAAUGAACCUUAGUACCACAGGUGGUGAUGUAAUGUAACUCUGUAUGCAAUGAAUGGGCCAAACACACAGGCAACCGACUGUUCUUAUUAAUCCAUAAUACAUCGUACGACUAUAAAGAAGCUGGGACACGAGUACCCCUGAGCAAGUUGCGAGCUAGGACUCGCUAGCUCAGCAUUCUCUUCAGACUCGGGGGAUUGUUUUUUUCUCUCACCCAGAAAUGUAAAACCUUCUCGGUGCUGUUUUACUCCGGAUGUUGGCGUGUCCUACCAGAUGUAUCUUUCCAAGAUGUUUUUUUUAGCUCUUUCAUUUGACUCAUUUUGUCGUAACAUGUAAAAGGGACACGCAUACAAAACAGUAUUUUUUCCUGAAGUGUGUAUUGAAAAUACAUGUUUAUGUACUAUGAUGAUGACAAAAGUACUGUCACGCAGUCCCUUCUCCAAAAACUAUAACUGCCAAUAGUAAGCUAAACAGGGGGGACUCUACUCCUCGCAUUGUUUUCUCACAGAAAGCUGUACCAACCUAUUGCUGUACCAUUCAAGUUCUGCUUUUCGUAUAGUUUAUCGGGGAGUAUAUGAAACAAACAUCUAAAAUGUAAAUGUAUAUAUGAAUAUAUUUUUGCAAAGUCAUAUGUUUUGACAUUGUACACGCUGGAAUGUUUGGCCUGGUAACUGGUUUGCAUCCUUUAAUUCUUGUCAUGAAGUUACGGUGUCCAUAUUAGGAUACAUCCCCCGUCUCUGCAGGAGUUGUCUGUCAAGUCCUGCAAAGACUGAGGCUGUCCUAAUAUGGACACCGUAUUAAGGCAGUGGGUUGGAGCCUAGAAAGAGCUCCCCGUUGACUGAGUGGUGGGCUGUGUCGGCGUCACACGUGUGUAACACUAUAUUUUGAUAUGAUUCUGUCUAUAUGUGGGUUGGGGGGUGUCUUGUCCACGACGUUGAGGUUUGCUGGCACUUAUACAACUGACCCUUCCCCACAAAUACAAUGUGUGCCUUCCACUGCUUUUGGUUGAUUUUCUAUACAGGAUACAAUAAACUAUACUUUCUGCUUCAAA